UAGAGCUUGGCAUGUUCAACUGUGACUGAGCAGGAAGAAGCAAUAGUUCACAGCGCUUUGGAAGCGCACAGUUUCAUUUUUAAAAAGUUGCUGAAUUCAAUCAUCUCUGUCCCAGAUUAAAGAGACGACGCGAAGAUGUCUGUCGCUGGAUUCAAGAAGCAGUUUUAUAAAGCGAGUCAGUUGAUGAGUGAGAAAGUUGGAGGAGCAGAAGGAACAAAACUAAAUGAUGACUUCAAAGACCUCGAGAAGAAAGCUGACAUCACUAGUAAAGCCAUAGCAGACGUGCUCUGUAAGACCACAGAAUAUCUUCAGCCCAACCCAGCAUCGAGAGCGAGGCUGACCAUGGUGAACACCAUGUCUAAGAUGCGUGGGCAGGUGAAGAGCCCAGGGUACCCGCAGGCUGAGGGACUUCUGGGAGAAUGUAUGCUGAAGUACGGAGAAGAACUAGGAGAGCACACCAACUUUGGUGGUGCUUUGGGGGACAUGGGAGAAUCCAUGAGGAGACUGGCAGAAAUUAAGGAUUCUCUGGACAUUGAUGUCAAACAGAACUUCAUUGACCCUUUCCAAACGAUAAUUGACAAAGACCUGAAAGACAUACAGCAUCACCUGAAGAAACUGGAGGGCCGUCGGUUGGAUUACGACUACAAGAAGAAGCGUCAAGGCAAGAUUCCCGAUGAGGAACUCAGGCUAGCGGGAGAGAAAUUCCACGAGUCCAAAGAGGCGGCAGAAACCAGCUUGCAGAACCUUCUGGAUACUGACGUGGAGCAGGUAAGUCAGCUGGCGGCUCUGGUCGAAUCUCAGCUGCAGUUUCACAAACAGUCGAUGGAGGUCCUGCAGGAUCUGGCAGAGAAAAUGAGAGAGAGAGUAAACCAGGCCCAGUCACAGCCCCGCCCAAAACGGAUGCCAGCGUCCAGACCCAUUUCUGAUUAUUCAGAACCUGAAGAUUCCAAUGGAGGGUGGAACCCUACUGCUCCACCUCCGUCCUACUCCUCAGCGGCCCCCUCUUCCCAGUUUAACAGGACGUCUACACGCAAAAACCGUAAUUCGACAGACCAGCCGUGUUGUAAGGCUCUGUACGACUUUGAGCCGGAGAAUGACGGGGAGCUGGGUUUCAUGGAGGGCGACAUCAUCACGCUAACAAAUCAUAUCGAUGAGAACUGGUACGAGGGAACCAUACGUGGUCAGACAGGAUUGUUCCCUUGUAACUAUGUAGAGGUGAUGGUUCCUUUCAGACAGUAAUCGAACAUGGAUGACGUGAAGAUAAGAGCAUCAGGUAUAAACAUGUGUUUGCUUAACAGGGAAAAACAUCCGCACUUUUACUUUGUUAAAGAUGGGUAUACUUGUCUGUGUCAUGUUUAACUUAAGGUUUAGAUCCAGCGUUAAUGUUGAUUGCAGUAAAAUAUAGAAGAAUUACUGAAAAGUAUGCCAAAAAUAAAUCUGUUUUGUGUAUGUUUAGGGGGUUCAUUUUAGGGUCAGAUGGAUUUUCUGUUCAAACCAAAAAAUCGAUUCCGUUGAUUAUCACUGCCCUCUGGUGGCCAAAUUUCUGUUGUUCAAUCAUAGCUCAGCUCGUCCAUUGUUGCGAAACUAGCUGUGUGUGACCGAAACUAUAACUGAAUAUAACUGUUAUGAACAUAUCAGGUUAAGAUGAAUUGGUUUGAAUCAUAUCCAAAGCUAACUUUACCCAUCUUGUUGUUCGGCCAGGUUGGUUAAAGGGAUUUUGAAUGCUUUCUGUCAAAAUGAUACUUUAGGAAAUAAUUAUUUAUUUUAUUUAGAAAAGAUGUAUUCAUAUUCCUGCUAUUUAUCGUCAGCACAAAUAUUAACUGUUGUCUCUUCUCUAUUUUAAUGAAAAAAGGAACAUCCACUGUAGAACGGUUUAUUUAACAUGACAACAUGAAAAUAGUGUAUAAAACUUGAACCUCAUAACGUUACUGUAUGUUUGUCUUCACGUGGGAUGUUAGGAAAGGGAGACAGGGAAAAGGGAAAGUCAUUCACGGCUUCAAUGCUCAUUCUGUUUUACUUGGUACAGGUUUAUUGUUUGUCCUCUUGAAUCAGAUAUGACUUUAUAUAUUUACCUUCUUCAAAGAGGGAAUUUAGAAGUUCCUACUAACCCCUGAACCUGACACAGUUCUGUUUCUCACCCUUAUAAACAUAAAGGCACACGCGAGCCGGUGGAACUGUAUUACUGCUAUGUGUUUUAACCUUCCUACUGUAUAGCUCACUGUGCGUUAUUCACAGCUGAAGCUUUUCUGCGUAAAUUGUUCAUACUGUAAACAAUAUUCUUAUGUACAGUAAAUAGUCAAACUAAUGUAAGAAAGUAUUUAUGAAUGAUUUACACAGAAAUGUAUUCAUCUGUUGUUCUGCGGAAUAAUGCAAUUGUUGCUCCAUAACAAUGUUUACACUCUCAUAGCUUUGUAUGUAAUGUCAGUUUAAAUGAUGUCCAUCUUUUGUGUCAAAUUAAUGGUAUUUCUUUGUUACUCUGUUCAAUGCGUUAACAGAUAGCUAACGUUAUCCCUCUCAUGAAAUUUAAUAACAGACAGUCUUUGAUGAAAGUGAGGUUUUUGCAAUAGUUGUUGAUUUGUGUAUUUGAAUAACAUGCCAAAGGGAGAAACUGGAUCAGUUUUCAGGCUUUUCAGGGCAGAUCCAGGUGGACAAGAUCAUGUUUCAGAAUUUUUCUCAAAUCUUUUUGGAAUAGUGACAAGAUAAACCUCUUGCUUAUAAAAAAAAACUAGGAUUGAGUUCAAGUUUUUGAAGUGUACUGUAAAAGCAUCAGAAGUGAUUCGGUACAGAGGGCGUCAUACAGGGCGCUUUAGUUCAGUGUGUAUUUGGUGUCAUAGAGCUUGUUUACCAUGGCACAUUUAGAAAGAUCGCUCCCACCAUUCCUUUAAAACAAAUACAGAUAUCAGAUAAGAAGAAAGAGAUUCCUCCAACAUAUAUCUCUGUUUUUAUUGUUCCCUUUUGCUCACAUGAUUCACAUCUAUCUUCUCAGCGGUUCUGAUUUCUUUACUUCAGAUGAAAUCAAAGCAGUGCGAUCUGAUUUCUUAAAGCAUAAACGGCUUUUGGUAAAGGGCCGUUGGUGUCCGAUCGGAUUUGUUACAGGUUUAGCUGGUCAUGGCUUGAGAAACCAUAUUUACAUUGUGCUGUAAUUUCCCUAUGCUUUUUGGAAGUACUGUAUUCUCAACCUGUCUCCAUGUGUAAGUGCUUUAUUAUUGAUGCAUUAGAUUGGUUACACUACAUUUAAUAGUAAUAAUAUCUUUAUAUGGGCGGAAUUUGUUGGGUCUACAAAGAAAAAAUGCAUAUUCUGUGAUUGUCUGUCAUGUCUCUGGUGAACAUUAUCAGAACUAAAGAACUGAAAUCAGGUUUUAUUAUAGUCUAAUGUUUCAGAAAGUAUUGAAUGAAUUUUCUUUGAAUCAGUAUUUCCUGUUGAGACACUAGAUUUGUAACUCUUGUGCAGGGAUAAGAGAACUGUAUAUUGUUAUCUGAAAUAAAUGUGGAGAAAUAUGUU